AUGUUUUUAUUGGACUACAAGGACAUUGUUGAUGUUCUGAUGUUGAGUUCUGAUGGACUCGAUGACAAACAGCAAAAUCUUUUCCUUGACCUGGCAUUCAUAAUCAAUGCAAGAGUUUAUAAGUCUUUUGAUCUGAUAAGACAAUUACACGGCUCUUCUGUGCACACUGAGAUGAGUGUUCUUAGAGAGAGAUCACUCAUUUCGGUGUCUCAAAAAGGCAAGAUUGGGAUGCACGAUCUUGUGUUGGAAAUGGGCUUUGAAAUUGUUAGGAAAAAUUCUGCAAAAAAUUUUGUCAUUUUCUUCUUCCUUCUGGUGUCGAGUCCCGCCUCUGGCUACCUUACUGGCAUAGAUCUAAUCAACUGGCACAGAUCUAAUCAACUUUUUGGUAGUUUCAGGUUACUGAAGGUUGAAGCUAGAAAUUGCUAUCACAUGGAUGGAACCAUUGCUUUAACCCUCAUAGAAGCUUUGUUGAUCCUAUUGGCUUUAUCAAUUUCCCAAGCUAUCAAAUACAUCUCUCCUUCGCUUUAUGGUAGCCAACCUGAUGCUGUUGAUGAUAGUUUUAAAGAUGAUGUGAUUUUAACUCAAACGGUUUCCCCUCCUGCUACCAAGUAUGAUGUGUUCCUCAGUUUUAGAGGAGAAGACACUCACCACACUUUUGCAAGUCAUCUCUACAGAGGACUUCAUAAUGCAGGCAUUCACACUUUUAUGGAUCAUCAACUCCGCAAAGGAGAACAAAUCUCACCAGUUCUUUUGAGAACAAUAGAAGAAUCUCAAAUAUCUAUGAUUAUUUUCUCUGAGAAUUAUUCUUCUUCGAGAUGGUGUAUGGAUGAGCUUGUUCACAUAUUAGAAUGCAAGAAAAACUUUGGAAGGGUUGUGAUACCUAUCUUCUAUAACAUUGACCCUUCACACAUACGCAAACAAAAUGGGAGUUUUGGAAAUGGAUUUGAUGUGUUGAAGCAAAGAUUUAAAGACAGCCAACAAAAAUUGCAAAAGUGGAGAAAUGCUUUAAUCCAAUCUACAAGUCUCUCUGGAUGGCAUUCCAAUGCUACCAGACCUGAAUUCAAACUUGUUGAAGAGAUUGUUAGAGACACUUUGAGCAAGUUAAGAGAAAUGGGCCUUGAAAUUUCUAGCCAACAAUUAUACUCUAGACGUAAAACUGCUAUUCGACUAUGGAGGCACGAGGACAUUUAUGAUUUUUUCAUUUCUGACAAGGGGACCGAGGCAAUUCGAUGCAUGUCAUUGGAUGCAAGCAAGAUAAAAAGGAUUACAUUGAGGGCUAAUAAUUUUCGAAAGAUGCAUAAUUUGAUAUUCCUUAAAGUUUACAAGUCUGAUCAUAGAAAGCCUUCAAAGUUGAAUAUUUGUGAAGAUAUGGAUUAUCUUCCAGAAGAAUUACGUUUUGUUAGUUGGGAAGAAUAUCCAUUGCCAUAUGUCCCAUUGCAUUUCUGUGCUGAGAAUCUUCUGACACUUGAGAUGCGUAAUAGUAAUAUCCGACAACUUUGGGGUGAAAAUCAGCAUUUUCCAAAUCUGAAGCAAAUCAAUCUGUCCGAUUCAAAAAUCUCAGUGCACUCCCAGAUCUGUCUCAGGCCCCUAAGAUUGAAGUCAUGGAUCUUGAGGGUUGUGUGA